UGAUGCUGAUUGCGGUCUGAAUGCACGUGUAAAUUAUUCAUUAGAAUUAUCAUCGCCAAUGACAAUGAUGACUGUUGAUGAUAAUAAUAAUAAUGGUAAUGGUAAUAGUGGCCGAUCAUUACGUAAACCACGUUUAUUACAAAUGAUACAUGAUGAUGAAGAAAAAUUAGAUAAUAAUCAUCAACAACAACAUGAACGUUUAAAUUUAUUUGAUCAUUUUCAUUUGGAUUCGAAUACUGGUGAAUUAUGUUUGAAAAAACAACUGGAUUAUGAAUCAAUUACGGUAUUUGAUCUGCCUGUUAUGGCAACUGAUCGAGGGGGAUUAUCAACAACCGCUAUGAUUAAAAUCAAUGUAAUCGAUGCAAAUGAUAAUGUACCUAUAUUCUACCCACGUGAAUAUAAAGUUAGUGUUGGUGAAAAUAUUUUGCCAUCAUCUCCAUCAUCAUCAAGACAAAUAAAUCCAUUAGUAAUUGUUGCUGCUACUGAUCUUGAUUCAUCAAAAUCAUCUUAUGGCCAAAUUGAAUAUGAAAUAAAAAUUGGUAAUGAAAAAAAUUAUUUCGAUAUUGAUAGAAAAAGUGGUGAAAUUUUCCUAUUAAAACCAUUAUCUGUAUUACCUGGAUCAUUAUCACAUCAACAAUAUAAAUUAAUUGUUACGGCACGUGAUGGUGGUGGUCGUGAAUCAAAAGAACCGGCAACAGUAUUGAUUUCGGUUGUUCCACAACAAUCCGAUUCGAUUGGUCAUAUGAUACCGGUACCAAUAUUUCUACAACGACAAUUUUCAUUUCAAGUUAUUGAAAAUGUUGCACAAGGUGCUAUUGUCGGAACUGUUCGUGCAAAAAUUCAAUCAUCAAUGAAUGAUGAUGAUCAACUGGAAGAACCAAUUUCAUAUUCAAUAUAUUCAGGUGAUCCAGAUGGUUAUUUUACUAUUGAUCCAAGACAUGGAACAAUUAGUGUUAAAUCAUCAUCGAUUGAUCGUGAAAAACAUUCAUUUUUAUUGGUAAAUGUUCAAGCUUAUACAGGGAGAUAUCCUGGUCCAUAUCGUUAUGCACAUACACAGAUCAAUAUAACCAUAUUGGAUGAAAAUGAUAAUGUACCAAUGUUUCCAAGUCCAACAUUAAAGAUUAGUGUACCGGAAAAUAUACCUAUUAAUAAUGGAACAGUAUUUAUUGCAUAUGCAAUUGAUUAUGAUUCAAAUGAAUUUGGACAAAUUCAUUAUCAAUUAUAUCCAGCAACUAAUCAUGAUAGUGAUGAUCGUGAUCGUUUUCCAUUCAUUAUUGAUGAACAUAGUGGACAUGUACGUUUACGUCGUCAACUGGAUUAUGAAACAAGAAAUGAAUAUCAAAUACGUAUUGUUGCUAUUGAUGGUGGACAAUUAAGUUCAGAAAUGUUGGUACAUAUUUUCAUACAAGAUGUAAACGAUAAUGUUCCGAUUUUUAUCGGUACCGCUCAAUCAUUAGAUAUGGCAAAUAAUUAUUCGAAGAAAUUUAAUAAUGUACAUCGUCAAUCAUCAUCGUCGUCAUCAUUACCAUUAUAUCGAAUACAAGUACAAGAAAAUCUACCAAUCAAUACAAUUAUCUAUCAGAUUAAAGCAACAGAUGCUGAUACUGGUAAUAAUGCUCGUUUAACUUAUUCAUUACAAUCAUUAAUGAAUGAUGAUGAUAAUAAUAAUCAACAAUUAUUACCUAUUGAUAUUUCACCAAAUAAUGGACAACUUUAUAUACGUGAUUUAUUGGAUCGUGAACAAUUAGAUCAUUAUGAAUUUUUAAUAACAGUCACUGAUCAUGGUCAACCAAAACCAUUAAAUUCAACAGCUAUUGUACAUAUUUCUGUUCAAGAUUCAAAUGAUAAUCGACCAAAUUGGAAACAAACAAAAUAUGUAUUUGAUAUUUCGGAAAAUGCAAAUAUUGGUACAUUAAUCGGACAGGUAUUUGCAUUCGAUAUGGAUUUAGGUAGAAAUGCAUCAUUAGUUUUCAAUAUUUCACAACAACAAAAAGAAUCACAAAUUUUCGGUAUUAAUCCAUUGACUGGACAAAUUUAUUUACGUUCAAAUUUAGAUCGUGAAUCAAAAGAUCGUUAUGAAUUUAAUGUUGAUGUUCGUGAUCAAGGUACAAUACAAUCAUUGAAUAGUGAAGAAAAAGCUAUCGUUAUUGUUAAUGUUUUGGAUAUCAAUGAUAAUCAUCCUGUUUUUGAUGAUGAUGAUGAUAAUGGUAACAAUAUAUUGACCGUACCUGUUGGUACAUCACGUAAAAGUAUUAUUGCUACAUUUCAUGCUUAUGAUCCAGAUUUUGGUAAUAAUGGAACUGUUCAUUAUAGUAUGAUGGAUGAAAGUGAUCUAUUCACUAUUGAUCAUAUAACUGGUUCUUUAAUCACUAAAAUUGAUAUAAAAGAAAGUUUAAAACGAUCAACAAGAAAAAUUUCAUUACUUGCAACCGAUGGUCAAGGUAAAAAAUCCAAAGUUAAAUUGAUUAAUAUUGAAAUUGUUGAUAAACGUACAUUGAAUUUGGAUUUGGAUUAUGUUGAACAAUAUAAUUUUAAUGCAAAAUCAAAUGAAAUUGAUUAUGGAUAUAAAAUUGGUUCAAUAGAUUUACCAAUGAAAUUACUUCAACAACAUCAAUGUAAUAAUCGAUUUUUUACAAAUUUUCAUUAUCAAAUCAAAAAUGGUUUGCCAUUUUUUGUUGAAAAUGAUGAUUUAAAUGAAUCAAAAUUACAUUUAAUGACAUUUGAUCGACUUAAUCGAACCGGACAAAAUGAAUAUAAUCUUUUACUUUGUAUUGAUUGGUCACAAUGUUUAGCUGCAACAUUGGAAAUUUCUGAAAUCAAAAGUCAUCAUUAUCAAAUGAUUCAAUGUGAUCAUUAUGUUCGUAUUAAUGUUCAGAUUGAAUCAAAUGAUAAUGAACAUUGUCUACCAUUACCUAUCGAAAAUCGUGAUCUAUUCGAAGUAAAAAUACCAUAUAGUCCAAAUGAAUUGUUUAAAAAUCAAGAUUUAGUUUAUUUAAAUUAUUCAAAUUGUCUAUUAUCGAUGACCGAUGAUAUUGAAUAUGAAUUAUCUAGUCCAAUGAUUAAAAAUGAUGUAUUAAAUCGAAUGUUUUCAAUCGAUUCAAAUCGUAUACUGCAAUUGAAACGUUUACAUGAUCAAACAUUAAUCAGACAAUAUUUACAUGAAGAAUUUGUUUUAUCUUUAAUGGCUAAAAAACAUGGAAAAAUUCUACAAAGUGUACCGAUCCGUAUGAAAAUCAUUAAUUCGGAUCAGUCACAACUGGGAAACAUUGCGUUUGUUAAUGAAAAAUUCUUAGAAUUAGAUGAAGAUUGUUGUCAUGUUGGUGCUGCAAUCAUUCAAACACGUAUCAAUGUAACACAUGAUGAUUUUAAAAUUCGUUAUUUUAUCUCUAAUCAUGGCCAUUUAAUGUCAAAUGAUGAACAAUUUACAUUGAAUAUGGAUAAUGGUUUAUUGAAUUUAAAACGUAAAUUUGAUUAUGAAAAUAAACAUGAACAUCGUAUUAAUAUUACUGCUUUGGUUUAUAAUUCAAAACUAUUGCCAAUUGCAACUGUUUCGCAUAUUUUGAAAAUAAGAAUACUCAACACAAAUGAUGAACCACCGAUUUUUGUACGAAGAUUAUAUGAAAAAGAAAUCGUUGAAAAUGCUUCGCCUGGACAAUUGAUUGUUCAAUUGGAAGCAAAAGAUUCGGAUCAACAAACAUCAAACAUAACCUAUCUGUUACCGAAAAGUUAUCGUUAUGCCGAAUAUUUUGAAUUGAAUUCAAAUAAUGGAGAAUUGAAAUUAAUGAAAAGUUUAGAUCGUGAACAAAUUGAUCAUUUUUAUGUACCUGUUUAUGCUUUUGAUGAAAAUUUUAAACAUCAUACAUCAACAUUGGUCAAUGUUAAAGUUGUUGAUAUCAAUGAUAAUUCACCAUAUUUUGUUCAUUCAAAUUUCAAUAUAAAAAUACCGGAAAAUGCUAAACCAGGAACUAUUAUCUAUACACUUGUUGCUAUUGAUCCAGAUCUUACUGAUCAUCAAAAUAAUCGAUCAGGUAAUUCUGGUCUUCAUUAUCGUAUUUCGUCGGGAAAUGUUGGUAAUAAAUUUGUUUUACAUGAACAACGUGGUGAAUUAAUUAUCAAUGCACAAUUGGAUCGUGAAAUGCAAUCAUUAUACCAUCUAAUUGUAGAAGUUUCUGAUUCUCUUCAUACUUCAAUUUGUAAUGUUACUAUUGAAUUAUUAGAUGUUAAUGAUAAUGGUCCUAUAUUUGAAAAAAGUGAUUAUUAUGCAAUUGUAAAUGAUAUUUCAUUUGGAUGGAUUAAUGUUUUAACCGUACGAGCUAUCGAUUCUGAUGGUGAUAAACUUCUUUAUCGUAUUGAAAAUGAUUCAAAUAAUCUGACAAGAUAUUUAAGCAUGAAUUCCGAAACAGGUGAAAUACGAUUACAUUCAUCAAUGAUUAUUCCAAUAUUUAAUCAAUUAGAUUCAAAUGUUUUUACAUUUGAAGUUAAUGCUAUUGAAGGUGGAAAAAUUUCCUAUCGUUCAUAUGAAUCAAAAGCUAAAGUACAUUUAACAUUGAUUACUAAUGGUAAUCAUAAUUCACUAAUUGAUUCAUUCAAAUUAAUCAAAUAUCCAUACACAAUAAUUGUGGAUGAAUCACGGCAUAGUUUACGUAUUAAUCAGAAAAUUGGUUCAAUUGAAUUUGGUUCAUAUCAAAAUUAUUUUAAACAGGAAAAAAAUUCAAAUCAAUUAUCAUAUCGAAUAUUGAAUGGUGGUGAAAGUUAUCGUUCAUUUAAUGAUUAUUUUACAGUUCAACAACAAACUGGUGCUAUUCUUGUAAAACGUUUAUUGAAUUAUAAUUAUUAUGAAGCCAUUGUUGAAGUGACCAAACAACUUGAUCAACAAAAAUUAAUUAGUACAUCAACUUUAUUGCAAAUAUUUAUCGGCGGUAUUGAUGAUCGAAAAUUUAUUCAAUCAAUACAUUUAGAUUCAUUAGAAGUUUCGGAAAAUCAAUCACCCGGUUCAGUGAUUGUUAAUCUUGGUUCAUUCAUACAUAAUCAUCCACAAUCAUAUAAUUAUCAGAUUUUCUAUUCAGAUAUUGAUCGAUCUUAUUUUGAAAUUCAAGAUAAACAUCUUAAACUGCGAAAAUCUUUGGAUUAUGAAUCACAACCAAAUCAAAUUCAGGUUUUAAUAUUUGCAUAUCGGCCUUCGGAUACAAACCUGCAUGAACAUUCGUAUCUUUAUAAUUUAACCAUACACGUUGCUAAUGUUGAUGAUAAUUUACCACAAUUUACACAAAAACAUUAUAUAGCUACUAUUAAUGAAAAUGAACAAACCGGGAGUUUUGUUGCACAAGUUAAUGCUAUCGAUAUUGAUGAUGAAUCAUUGAUUUUUAAUAAAACAUUUGGUACACGACGUUAUAGUUAUUAUAUUGUUGAUGGUAAUAAUGAUAUGGCAUUUAGUAUCGAUAAUGAUGGUGUUAUUCGUACGAAUAUUGUUUUGGAUAGAGAAAUUCAUGAUCGAUAUCAAUUGAAAAUUAUUGCAACCGAAAUGAAACAAGAUUUUUUCGGCGAUUUUCUGGCUGAUGAAGCAAGUUAUCAACAUUUAACACAAUGUAUUGUUGAAGUUAUUAUUAUCGAUCAAAAUGAUAAUGUUCCAGUAUUUCCACCGUAUAAAGAAAUUUCCGUAAGUGAAGAUGCUGAAAUUGGUUCAGUAAUUGCUACAUGGACGGCUAAUGAUGUUGAUAUACAUCCAACAUUAAGUUAUUUAAAAUUAAAAACUAAUAAUAAUAAUAAUGAUUUGAAUGAAGAUGAAGAUUGUUUUGAAAUUGGUCUUUAUACUGGAAAAAUUUAUCUAAAAUGUCCAUUAAAACCAUUAUUAGGUGGAAUAUCUGGACCAUUAGUUCGUCGUAUUAAAUUAUUACUACAAGCAUCCGAUCAAAUGCAUACAAUUGAAACCGAUAUUACCGUAAAUAUUAAACGAAAUUAUUCAAAAAUGACACCAGUAUUUCGUGAUGGUGCUAAUUUCUAUCAACAAUUAGAUCUUGAUGAUAAACAUUCUGUAUUAAUGACCGACAUCAAUGUUGAACUAUUUCGUGUGCCAAUGAUUGAAGAUCCUAUUGUUAAACGAAAAAUUCUAUUCCAAUUAAAUUCAGAAGCCGGUUCCGAAGGUUUUUAUAUUGAUCAAACACGUGGAAUUAUCUAUAAUAAUCGUACUAUUCGUUAUCGAAGAAAUAAAUUUAUAAUGUUAACAGUGUUUGCACGUUAUCAAGAUUCUGAUGUACAAGCACAAGCAUCAUUAGUAUUAAAUUUCAAACAUAAUGAAUUAUCAUCAUCAUCAUCAUCAAAUUAUUAUAGCAAAAAAUCCGAAUCAUCAACAAAUAGUUUUAAUAUUGAAAUUGAAAGUUCACAGAUUGGUAUAUCGCUUUUACGUUUACCACGUCGAUCAUAUGCAAAUUAUAUAAUAUUCAAUGGUAAUAGCAAUAAGAAUUUUAUUAUUUUACGUGGCCGAGAACUUGUUCUCAUUAAUCGUCCAUUAACUGAUCAAUAUUUAUUGAAAAUAAAACCAAUGUCCAUCGAUGAUAAACGUUCAGCAUCAAAUUCAACAAUCAUUUAUGUUCAUAUUAAAGUUCGUCCAUCGAACAUAAAAGAUUCUACAAUAUUUUCCAGUCCAUUUAAAUCACAGAUUUUUGAAUUAGAAAUUAAUGAAAAUGAAAAAAUUGGUACGGAAAUUCAGAAUCUAAAAGCGCAUACACCUGUUUCACGUACACAAACGGAAAAUGGUGAUAGUUUUCAUUUUCGUAUUUUUAGCGGUAAUGAUCAGAAUUUAUUUCGUGUCGAUACACGAACUGGAAUAUUGGUUGUGGAUAAAAAACUUGAUUUCGAAACCAAUCCUUUUCAUCGUUUAGGUAUUUUGGCCGAAUCACAUCGAUCUGGUACAUUAUAUUUUACAAUCAUUAACAUUAAUCUAAUCAAUUCGAAUGAAUAUUGUCCGGAAUUUGUAACAAAUUAUUUUAAAUCAUUAAUUGAAGAAAAUGUUGCAAUUGGAACAAAAGUUUUACCAAUCAAAGCUAUUGAUCAUGAUAAUGAUCAAUUAAAUUAUACUGUAAUGAAAUUAAGCGAAUGGAAUGAUAGUCCAUUUAGAUAUGAUUCAGAUUCGGGUUAUAUUAUUACUGAUGGAAAAUUAGAUUAUGAAUCACGAUCAUCAUCAGUUUAUAAAUUUAUUGUUAAAGCAACAGAUUCAAGUGGAAAUAAUCUAUAUCCAAGUAGUGCUGCUGGUAAUGAUUUACAAUGUAAUACAAUUGAAACAAUUAUUGAAAUACAAAUUGGAUCUAUCGAUGAACAUAGUCCACAAUUUGUUAAUGAAUCAUAUGAUUUUAAAGUGAUAACAUCAAUAACACGUUCUCGUGUAAAAAUUGGACAAGUAUUGGCAAUUGAUUCGGAUUCUGGUCCGGAUGGUAUUGUUGUUUAUUCAAUCAAAAAUAUAUCACCACAAACAUUAUCCGAAUUGAUUCAUAUUAAUUCAACAACUGGAAUGAUUUCAAUGUCAGUGUUUGCAGCCAAUAUUCCUAAACAAUUUUCAAUGAUUAUAUCAGCAUCAUCUGGUCGUAUGAAUUCAUUAAAUUCAUUAACAGUGGUCAAUGUUCGUCUUACAUUGAUUGGUGAUGAUAAUAGAGAAAUUGAUUUGGCUGAAAUGAUCAAUAAUAUUGAUGCUGGAUUAGCAAUAGCUGGUGAACCUAUUGCAACACAAAGAGAAGCACCAUUACCUGGAUGGAUUAUAUUCCUAAUUGUAUUACUGUUAUUGAUUACAUUCGUCUUAAUGGUCAGUGUUAUUGUUAUUCGUAUGCAUCAACAACAACAAGAACAACAACAUUAUCUUACUGGACAUUUACGAACACUUACAAAUGCUAAUCAUCAUGUUGGUUCAUUAUUUAGAAAAAUUGGUCCAGGAUUUGUUGAAAAUGUUGGUGUAUCGGGUGAUCCGAAUAUACAUUCACCUGCAUAUUCGGUUACUCAUUAUGGAAAUGUCACUGGAUCGGUUAUUGCACCAGUUGCACCACCUUGUUAUAAUGAUGUUACAUUACGUACAGCAACAACAAGAUCAAAUAAUGUAUGUAAUGUUGGUGCAAAUGUUCCAAUCAUUGAAGGACAUUCAGCAUCAUCGGGUCGUGGUUCAGCCGAAGAUGAUGCCGAUCUUGAUGAUGUUGAUGAAGAAAUUCGUAUGAUAAAUGAAUCAACAAAUUAUUAUGAUAAUGAUGAUGAUGAUGAUGAUCCUUCAGAUGAACCAACAACAAUAACUGAAUAUUUAGCACGUUUAGGUGUAACCAAUCAUUAUGAAGAAGAACCAGAAAAUACAUCAUCAGUUGCAAUCGAUGAUGAUGAUAAUAAUAAUAAUAAUAAUAAUGAAUCAUAUCCAAGAACAUCUGGAUCAACACAUAGUGGUAGUACAAUAGCAACAACAACAACAAAUAAAAAUAAUCAUAAUUCAAAAUCAUCAUCAUCAGUAGUUCAUCAUGAUGAAAAUGAAUUAACUGGAUCAUAUAAUUGGGAUUAUAUACAACAAUAUCAACCAAAAUAUCAACCAUUAUCAUCAGUGUUUGCUGAAAUUGCUCGAUUAAAAUCAAAUGAUUUAUCAAUGGAUCAUCCGCAUCAUCAUCCACAUGGACCAAUAAUGCAGCAGAAUAAUCAUUCAACAACAACAACGAAAAUUCAAGAAGUUUCACCUGCAAUCAAUUCGAAUAUGAUGUAUGGCCACCAUCAUCAUAAUCAUCACCAUAAUCCAUAUGUAAUGUCUGAUUAUCGUUAUCAACAACAACAACAACAGCCAAAUAACAAUAAUCUUUAUAGUACGGGUGAUUAUGGAUCAGUUCUAUCGAAUAAUAAUAAUGGUAAAAGAUCAUCCAAUCUUCCGUCUACACAACAGCCAACAACUUCUUCAUCGAUCGAUCCAACAUUAUUAUCGUCAUCGUCGUCUUCGUCAUCUUCAUCCUCAUCAGCAUCGAUUUAUAAUGCAGCAGCAACGACAAAAAAUAAUAAUGGAUUUUUAUCCCGAUUUCGAUGAUAUUUUGGAUUGGACAACAAUAAUAAUGUGAUACUCAUCAUCUGAAAUUUA